AGGCUAGCUAAUGAAAUCCACAGCUGCAAAGGAGGAGGAAUAAGAAGAGGGAGGGUCUGCGAGAGAGAGACCCACACGAAUCGGACUGGCAAAGGGAGGUUUAGAGGUGGUUAGGUAGCUACUUGAUACUAAUCAAAGGGACACCCGUACUAGUAUUGGAAUCAUCAAUUGGGUUUAUGACAAAAAACAAUAAAUCAGAUUCCGGUACUGUACCCUUCGGGAAAUCGUGGAAGCGUAAUUCAACGUGAACGGCGUUGACACCUCGCUGACAUCAUGGCUGAAUUUAGCAUCGAUCAGAACAAACUGCCUGGAGUAAAAGAAGUUGUUCGGGAUUUUGCUGUUCUGGAGGACCACUGCCUGGCCCAUAACCUCCAGGAGCAGGAAAUCGAGAGCCACUUGGCUUCCAACGUCCACAAGAGCCGUCUGGUGCAGCAGGACGUAGCGUUGGCCAAGCAGCUGCAGGAAGAGGAGGACCGGAGGGCCAAGGCCAAGGCCCACAGACAGCACAGAGACAUUGAGCGCAGUGACAAUGAGAUCGCCCAGGAGAUUCAGGAGGAACUGGUCCGACAGGCCAAGCAGCAGCGGAUGCAGGAGGAGAAGGAUGCGGCCAUCGCUCGUAAACUGCAGGAGAAAGAGAGGAAGGAGGAGAGGAAGCGACAGAAGCAGCUGGAGGCCAACUUUGAGGAGGAGUACUACGAGGAUAAUGGUACUGCCAUCCUCCCUCCCCUCAACCCAGCCAGCCAAGCUUCUCUGCACCUGGAUGACAAACCCAGGUGGCCUGGUUCUAACUCUCUCUCUUUGGAGACUAGAACCAACUCUCUUUCCAGAUACCCUGAGCACCAUUUAGAGGGUAGGGAGGGGAGAAGGGGCAGGCAUGGAGAUGCACACCCUGAGCACCACCGCUCCAGUAGCAGGGGCAAACAUGGAGACAGGUACCCCGACUACCACCACCCCACUGAGGGUAGAAGCAGAGGGAAGGAGGGCCAGAGGAGCAGAGACCACCAGGGGUCCCAGUCAACCUUCUUUGCAGACAACCAUGAACCCAGGAGACAGCGAGAUGAGGGGGAUAGGGUGGUCAGGAGGAAGGAGAGGCCCGCCCGGCCGCCCCCACCAUCCCACAUCCCUGUGAAGAGAGACGAGGCUUCGAGUAGAGCGAGACACCGGGAGUGGGAGAGAGACGGGGAACGAGACGGACAGAGAGAACCCAGGAGAGAUGAGGAAAUUGAGAGAGACUCACAAAGACAGGAAAGACACGGGGAGCGAUUGAGAGACCAAGAGCAUAGCCGAGACAAAGACAGACACAGAGAGAGAACCAAGAGCAGGGAGCGAGGUCUGGAUGAAGUUCAGGACGAGCCCACCCCCAGUUGCCGCAGCAGGGCCUGGGACAGUGGUGGGGAGGAGUCCCCUAGCCCUGGGGAUGAUGAAGAGGGGAAAGGGGGGGCCAGGGCCCGCCUGAUGCUCCUCUCUGGCCCCAGUGAGCUGUGUGAGGAGGCGGCAAGGAGGAGCCCCAGGAUGGGGAGAGGGGAGAGGGGACACAGGGACCCUGGGGAGGGCCCCAGCACGGGCAAGGAAUGCUCCCAUACUCACCCCGCUCCCAGGGAGCCAGGUCAUAUCGUGCAAGGAGGACCAGGGGGUCGUGGAGCAGGGAAUUACGGGCUGGGCGAGGUCACCCAGGGCAUCACUAAGCUGGACCUGCGGGAGCAGGAGCUGCUGGACAUGGAGGUGGCCCGGAAACUACAGGAGGAAGAGGUGAAGGCAAGCAAGAUGGACAAGCGUGCGGCCCAAGUGGCUCAGGAUGAGGAGAUAGCCACGUUGUAUUGGUGUUGCCAGGAGAUAGCCACGUUGUAUUGGUGUUGCCAGGAGAUAGCUCGGCUGCUGAUGGAGCGUGAGAAGAUGGAGUACAAGAAGUCCAGAGAGAAGGAGAAGCAGGGGGUGAGGCCCGAAGAGAGGAGGAGGCCAGAGGGAGGAAACUACAAGCCAAGCUCAGAGGAGGUAGUGCAUCCCAGACUACGAGAGGAGGAAUACCAGAAGCCCAGGAACCACCAAAAGCCUGCCAGGCCUUCUCAACCUCCUCCCCAUAACUAUGAGAAUGUGGAGUCCAGCUACUCAGGGAGCCACUAUUCUUCCGGGUCUCCAGCGCGACCUGAGGCGUCUUACAAAGGUGUCUAUUACAGACAGUGACCGAGGCUUCCUGAACCAUCCAUCUGAGUUUUUUUUUUUUUUUUUUUCAUUGCUGUAUUUUUAAAACUCCCAUCACUUUCUAUUGGCCAAGAGCCUUGGAACAAUGUACCUAAUCGUUGGCAGUGGGUUCGGGGAGGGUGUUGGUCAAGAGGGGCAGCUGAGAGCUGAAACUCGCACGGUAUCAUUUGUUUUCUAUUUUAAUUGGCGCGACAACAAAGACAAACGAAAGGAGACGCCUAGUGAUGUUCUAUCUUUUGCUGGCUCUUAACUGUGGAUGAUGAUGACAUAUCUCCUGCUGGCUCUUAACUGUGGAUGAUGAUGACAUAUCUCCUGCUGGCUCUUAACUGUGGAUGAUGGUGACAUAUCUCCUGCUGGCUCUUAACUGUGGAUGAUGAUGACAUAUCUCCUGCUGGCUCUUAACUGAUGUGAUGAUGGUGACAUAUCUCCUGCUGGCUCUUAACUGUGGAUGAUGGUGACAUAUCUCCUGCUGGCUCUUAACUGUGGAUGAUGAUGACAUAUCUCCUGCUGGCUCUUAACUGUGGAUGAUGGUGACAUAUCUCCUGCUGGCUCUUAACUGUGGAUGAUGGUGACAUAUCUCCUGCUGGCUCUUAACUGUGGAUGAUGGUGACAUAUCUCCUGCUGGCUCUUAACUGUGGAUGAUGGUGACAUAUCUCCUGCUGGCUCUUAACUGUGGAUGAUGGUGACAUAUCUCCUGCUGGCUCUUAACUGUGGAUGAUGGUGACAUAUCUCCUGCUGGCUCUUAACUGUGGAUGAUGAUGUGGAUGUGGAAGAUGAAGAUUUAAAAAAGAGUGAAGUGUUCCUGUUUUGCUGUAUUAGUCGUUUGCUGGUGUUUCUGUCCCUCCGUGGAUCAUGCUCGUCAUGGUGGAUCAGGCCUUUGCUGGAUAUAUAACUGUGCAGACUCUGUAUCUAUGGCUGUCUAUGGGAUGUGCCUGUCUUUGGAGCCAAAAUGAUGGCCGUGUGGUUCUGUGCACUCCCAGGUUCCAGUUCUCCUGUCCUUGUAUCGUGCUGCACAUCAAGGCUGAACAAUAACAUGACCGACCCAGUCCAAAACUCUAUUAUAUCAGGGAAUGAGUAUUAACAUCUUCCAGUCUGGAAGCGAAUGGUGGUCGUAUGUGGACUGGUUGCUCUCUGCAAGCCUUCUACCUGCGUUCCCAUGUCUUUCUAAGGGGCUGGUGUAUAUAGCUGCUGAGAAUACGGACUUGGAGGUGAAGUGUUAUAGGACACACUGCCAUCAUUGUGUAUUUACGUGCAUACUUACUGAAUGUGUUCUCUUUGUGAAACUCUGACACACUCUUUGUUAGUCAACUAGAGCACAAGCCACCGCAAACCCCAAUGAGUUGUUUUGUGGAUUAACAAAACAUGCUAUUUUAAAUAUUAGCCCUAAUAUAUUUGAUUGGAUGUGCCGUCAGUAUUUGAUUUUGUCUUAUCUGCUUACAAACUGGCAUUGGCAAAUGCUUUCAGCGCUAAUAGAAGUGGACCAGUAGGAAUUGAAUGCAUGUACAUUUCAGAUCUGUGCCAAACAUAACAUUGUGCUUGUUUUGUCAGAGCUGUAUUCGCUAGGAACGGGACGAAACGGGGAGGGACCAACCUGAAUUUGUCCAAUAAACUCUUGUUUUUGUUGCAAAACAUUUUCCAUUGCGGUAUGUUUUGCUACAGUGUACAAAAAGGAAUAUUCCCCAGGAUGUGUUUUUCCUAACCGACGGUGUCCAUUGAUGGAAUGGUUGACUCGUUGGUCGCCUGUUAAAGUGCAAGUCACGUCUGAAUGACUGUUUCUGCAUUUUAUUUACUUUUAUAUCAUUUUAAUCUUAUUUGGCAUCACUCUUAAAGGGCCUUGUUUCCUGUACAUUCCAUUCCUCAUGAAAUGCUUUCACUCCCUCUGUCUCACACACACACACCUCUCUAAGAGGGUUAUCACUUCCUGUGCGUGUAACAUGAGUAAACAUUCCCAGGGUUAACAAAGUGGAGGGAAGUAUCAGUCAUCCACUGAAUCAACAGAGCAAGUGAGAACAUGAUGCAAUUCCACUCAAUGGGACCUUUAGAUUCAGACAGCUGGGUGAUGGGGGGUCAACUUCUCCCUCCAGCUGGGCGAUGGGGGUCAACUUCUCCCUCCAGCUGGGCGAUGGGGGACAACUUCUCCCGGCAGCUGGGCGAUGGGGGUCAACUUCUCCCUCCAGCUGGGCGAUGGGGGUCAACUUCUCCCUCCAGCUGGGCGAUGGGGGUCAACUUCUCCCUCCAGCUGGGCGAUGGGGGUCAACUUCUCCCUCCAGCUGGGCGAUGGGGGGUCAACUUCUCCCUCCAGCUGGGCGAUGGGGGGUCAACUUCUCCCUCCAGCUGGGCGAUGGGGGUCAACUGCUCCAUGGCCAGUUUCGUCUUUGUUGUUUUCCGUAUUGAAUGAGGGUGGUAAUAGUGGCGAUAGAUUAAACACUUUUUGAUUACCAGACUUCAUACUUUAAUAGGAUCCACGCUAUAUCAAAGGGAUGACAGGAGACUAUAUAGGGACUGUUAGAGAGAGAAUACAUCCCAAAAUUGCACCAUAUUCCCUAAUAUAUAUAUAUAUUAGUGCACUACUUUUGAGCAGGGCCAAUCGUGCUUUGGUUAAAAGUAGGGAUUAGGGUGCCAUUUGGGACGGAGACAUACUGUACUGCCAAUGGUCAUGGUACCACCAUGUUCAUAUCAUGUAUUAUAGCCUAAUUAUUGUGUAUUACAUAUAAAGAGUAAUCCCACACAGUUUCCAGUUUGAUCUAAUGAAAUGUUAUGAUUCCGUCGUAUAUUAACAUUUUUCCAUUGAGUGAUGUUCAUCAUAGUCUGAUGGUGUUUUUUGUUGUUGAUAUGCUUUGUCCAAGUUGGUAGCGUCUGCCUCAAUACUUUUUUUUUUUGAGACUUCUGUGCGUAUCAAAGACAUUCUAGAUGUGUGAAAUGUUCUGACUUGUUGGAUGGAUGGGAUUUGUGCCAUAGGGAUGGUUUUUUUUUUUUUCAGGGACUUGUAGAUAACGGGGAAUCUCAGCUCCUUCUAGGGUAAUGACUGUGAGGAGUAUUGGUGUAGAACCGCGAUCUGUCUUUUUGUGGGAUAAUAGCACCAUCUCGUGGACAUAUUGAAUAUCAAAUGAAAACAUGUACAUUAUCUGAUCACACAGUGAGUGCAUAUUGGGGAUUGCUGUGUAAUGAUUGUCCUAUAUGCUUUGACUGCAAUCUGAACCGAAAUCAAGUGUAAUAUUUUUGUUUUGCCAUCCAGAGCCUGAAUGCAAUCUACAAAUGAAAUCAUAAAAGUGACUGUUGACACUUACUGUGACUGUUUUGUAUCAUGAACUGAAUAAACAGUUGACAUUGAAAUUUG